AUGCCGUUGAAGUCGCACGGUUUCUCCCUCGUCACCCCCUCCUCCUAUGCCUCCAAAAGAUCUUCCCUCUCGCUGUUGGCAAUUGUUGACGCCCCACUGGUGGUGGGGCGAUGGCCACAGACGGGAGAAGCAACCCUCCCGACGUUUUGCAUAGAGGCUCUUCUCUAUCAGUUGAAGAACGUGAGUCCGACACUCUUAACAUCCCCAGAUAAGACCUUCCCAUGCGGCUUCUAUGGCCUUGGAGGCAAUGCUUACUGGUUCUCAAUCUGGUUGACCCACUCCAGGGACAGGACCGUGGUUUGGGCGGCCAACCGGGACAAGCCCUUGAAUGGCCGAGGCUCUAAGGUCACGCUUCGGGGCAGCAGCGCGUUGGUCGUGACCGUCGUAGAUGGUUCGGUGAUCUGGGGGACGCACACGACUUCCACCGAUGCCCGUUCUCUAGAGCUCUUAAAUUCGGGCAAUCUCGUGCUGAGAGGUCCUGAUAGGAGAACCAUAUGGCAGAGCUUUGAUUAUCCAACUGAUACUCUGCUGCCAAGCCAGCUCCUCACCAAGAGCCAGAGAUUGGUGUCAUCUCUAAAACCAGGAGCAUUUUACUCUGGCUACUUCAAUCUCUGCUUCGACAAUGACAACGUGCUGAGGUUGAUGUACGAUGGACUGGACAAAUCGAGCCUCGAUUGGCCUAGCCCGCACUGUGGAGUGUCCACGAACGAGAGAACGAAUGACAACAGCAGCCGGGUCGCAGUCCUAGACGACAUGGGCCGUUUUCAAUCGAGCAACUGGUUUCUGUUCAAUGCUUCUGACCGAGGCCGGGGGAUCAUACGGCGGCUGACAAUGGACCACGAUGGGAAUCUGAGGCUGUACAGCUUGGACGACCAGUCGGGGUCCUGGGCAGUGACGUGGCAGGCGUUUCUGGCACAGUGCAUUGUGCAUGGGAUAUGUGGGAGGAAUGGGAUUUGUGUGUACACACCUGAGCCCCAAUGCACAUGCCCUCCUGGUUACGAGAUGAAAGAGCCUAGUGACUGGCACCAGGGUUGCAAGCCCAAGUUCAAUUUCAGUUGCUCCGAGUCUCGCGACGUGAAGUUCUUGGCGCUUCCCAACAUGGACUACUACGGAUUCAAUGCCGUCGAAAACAAUGACACCUCAUUCAAUUUCUGCAGGCAGGCCUGUUUGGAUGACUGCAGCUGCUUCGGCUUCGUCUACUGGGAAUCGCAAAUUUGGUGUUGGACGAAGAGCUCACUCUUUAACGGCUACCAGGUUCCAUCUUUUCCCGGAACUUUACAUCUGAAAUUGCCUGUCUCGAUGGUGGCCUCCUUGGAGCCAAUUCUCAACGGCAGCGAUCCUGAGUUCUCCACGGCCGGAAACCAAUUAUUGGUAGGUUCAUCUACGUUGUAUGACACUAUAGGCAAGAGGAAGAGAUGGGUCUAUGUCUAUGGGUUCGCAUCGGCUUUCAGGGCCGCCCAAAAGAUCCUCAUCUUUUUCUCGGGCUGGUGGAUUCUCUUCGGGAAGAGUAAUGUGCAGAGCAUAUCGGAAGAUGGGUACCACGCAAUAACGAGCCAGUUCAGGAGUUUCAGCUAUGAGGAGCUCAAAAGGGCGGCCUGGAACUUCAACGGAGAGAUAGGGAGGGGAGCGUCAGGACUGGUGUACAAGGGAGCUUUAGUGGACGAAAGGAUCGUGGCAGUGAAGAGACUCGGAGAUGUGUACCAUGAGGAGGAGGUCUUCUGGGCUGAAGUCAGAACAAUUGGGAAGAUAAAUCACAUGAACCUGGUGAGGAUGUGGGGGUUCUGCUGUGAGGGCAAGCACGAGCUCUUGGUCUAUGAGUAUGCGGACAAUCAGUCCCGGGACAAGCACUUUCCCAGACCUUUACUAGGAAUGACUUUCCCAGACCUUUUCCCAUUAUUUAUCAAAUCAUAG